AUGAAAAAGGCAAUCUGGAAUGCGCAACAGCCCACCGAAACCAGCCAGUUGGUUGAAUUCCUAGCAAAUGGCAAGAUAACUGACUGUGAACGAGAAAGCAAGGCACUGCAGGCGCUCAAAUCGCAGAUGGUCCGACUGUUCAAGGAUGAACCGCAACAGGCCUACUGGGAAGACGCGUCAACCCUUUCCAAAGUCGUCACCGGGGCGGAAUUCUGCGACAUCGUUUUCGGGUUUUCGAAUGCCAUCGCAAAGGAUAGCGCGAACGGAUCGAGUGUGAAGUUGGGCUUGCUUAGGUGCUUUGCAAGUUGUCUUCGCCAGAAAAAGCAUGAGAUCUCGUAUAACGGCGCGAAACUCGGAGUAGCCCUGGAUGGCCUGAACAAGCAUCUCACCGGAGCAGGUCGAUGCGGCGACCUCGACACUGAAUACCAUCUAGUCAGCACGAUUGGCAUGCUGCUGGAUGCAAUGGUGGACAUGGAGAUCACCGAGAUCGACAGAGAGUCGUUGCACGAGCCACUGAGGAAGAAACUUCAUGGCUUGUCGGGCAGCAAGGAGCCACGCAUAGCCCAGGCCGCGAGCUAUGCCCUGCAGGCUCUGCGCAGGGUGCCCGAUAAUGAGGCCCCAUGGGAAGCGUUCUUUAGACAUAGUGGCACAGCCAUCCAGGCUAUAGCCACUAUCGGCAGUGGUGUGGCCACAUUGAACCCCCAGAAGUUCAUUGAGGCUGGUCCUGACGUCCUGAAGUUGCUAGCCUUCUUCACUGACGUCGCAAAAGGCGGCAUGGAGAUCUGGGAUACCCGAGAAGACCUCAAACAGAUCAUUGAGGCAAUGGUUGAUGUGUCGGCGCGACGAGGUUGGUACGAUGCCCUUCGGCAGACUGUUUUGUUUAUCCAGUCGGGAGCGUACAAUGGGUUGAAGAAGGCCAUGCCAGCACUGAACUGUUUGAACAAGGAUAUGUUUUGGUGUGGCCUGUAUUCUCAGCUUGAAAGACAGUGGAUCUCGGACGAGUCCUCAAGGGAGAGCAUCGAGGAGUUCAUUGAGUGGACUCUCGAUCAACCAUAUUUGCACAAGAUCCGGUCCAAGAAACAGCCUGUGAAAACCUGGAUCGGAUUGAUUGCUGAUUCGGUCGGUCGACCCCAAUGGAAAGGGGUCGAGCCCACGAGAAGAUGUUGCCUGCAAUGCUUCUCUAGGUCGGACAAGAAGCCAGAGAUCAAACUCAAGUCCAUCCCCCAAUCGAACGGUUCAGAAACGAAUAGUGGUUCCAACCUGCUCAAAGAAGCCAUGAGGCACUGCGCGGAAGCCCAGCUAUUCUAUGCAGAUGCCACCGUUGCCCAAUACUAUAUGAAGGAACAGCUGCUUGUCAUCAAACGCCUGUCAGGAGAUCCAGUGCCGAUGGAGAGCUGUUAUAUCAACCUCUCACUGAUUGAAUGUCAGACGGAGAACGAAAAGCAGGGAGAAGAGUCUAGAUUCUCACUGUCAACACGACUUCAAGCCGAAGGCCCAAACCUGGAGAAAGCAGUGCCUCUACAAGACCUGUUUAAGGAGAGAGCACUGCGAAGUGGUCGUUGCGAGAGACCUCGUCGUGUUCUGAUCCGGGGUCGUGCCGGUGUGGGCAAAAGCACACUAUGCAAAAAGAUUACCCACGCGUUUCUCCACAACGAUCUGUGGGCAUCUUCCUACGAUCGAAUCAUCUGGGUUCCGUUGCGAAAACUCAGAAACCAUCUGACCUUCGAAUGCUUUCUCGAGGGCGCUGUCUUCAAAAGUGCGCCGAGAAAUGACAAUGACGUUCUGUGUAGGGCAUUGAGAGAAACCCUCGAUGACCCUCAGAAUACCCGAACCCUGUUUAUAUUCGAUGGCCUGGAUGAGAUAAUUGAUGCCCAACCCAAACCGGAUAGCAGCAUGCUCAUUGACGAUCUGAAAGAAAUUUUGAACCGGAAAGACGCCAUUAUUACGUCUCGACCACAUGCCAUAUUUCCAUCAAGACUUGAUGCAUACGACCUUGAGCUUGAGACGGUGGGAUUCAGCGACGACCAGAUAUCCGAUUAUGUAGAGAGUUUCUUUUCCGAUAGCGUCCAAAGAUCGGAAGUAAUGCGAUUCAUUGAAUCACAUUGGGAAUUCAAGAGCCUACUACAAAUCCCUAUUCAACUGGAUGCUUUCUGCUACACCUGGAACGAGUUUGCCAUCCGAGAGAAGCCAUUGACAACGAUGACUGCUCUAUACCAGGCCAUCGAGAUCAAGUUAUGGCGCAAAGAUAUGGUUCGAAUGAGCCGAACAGUCAAUGGCGUGCUGUUGACCGAACACGAGGCUUCUAAAAUUGGAGCUCUUGGACGGAUCCACAAAGUGAUGGGCAAGGAGAUCGAAUCCAUUAGAUCACUUGCAUUCUUCGGGUUACACAACAACAUCGCCGAAUUCCGAUGGGACGCUCGAGAGUCAUUCGAUUCACAUAACGAUGGAUUCACUACGCUGGACGGGGUUUCCUUCAUGCGCAGCUCGGACUCCGCCCUCGAUCCCCGGGACCAAGACUACUACUUCAUCCAUCUAUCCUUUCAAGAGUACUUCGCCGCGCAUCAUUUUGUGCAUUGCUGGACCCUGGGCAAAAGCCUAGAGACCGUGGAUCUGCAAUCCGGGAAGGUGAACAUCAUCUCGCCGGCAGAAUUCCUCAGCCAAGAAAAGUACAACGGACGCUACCACGUCAUGUGGCGAUUCGUUGCGGGAAUUCUGGCCGGGGAGGGACAGGGACACCUGGUGAGGUUUUUGCAGCAGAUCGCAGCAAAACCGCGCGAUCUGCUGGGAAGUGCCCACUGCCGGAUCCUCAUGCAUUGUUUCAACGAGAUUAGUGGGGUCGACCCAGACGACGACUUGAGGCCACUCAGGGAAAACAUGGAGGCCGAGCUAUCGCAGAUCUUCCUAUUCGAAAGCAAAAAGUUACAGGGCCAUGAUGAAUUAAUCGGACAUGAAAUGGAGUUUCCUGAACACAUCUUGUCGACCUUAAUUGAACAAGGUGACCCAUAUCAUCAGCACCGUGCUCUACGGACACUCUCACUGCGCUGUCACAUAUCCCCAGAGGUUUUAAACCAAGUGCUUUGCUUCGCCGACUCAAGAGAGCCUGGGCCGAAAGGGGACGCAGAGCAAAUCGUUGUUAACAACCUGGGAUUCUUUCCGGACGCCGUGGUUACCCGAAUUCUUGGUUGCCCGAGAUAUAUCCCCGGUUUCCAGUAUCACCUGGCAACACAUCGAUCAUUACCCGAGCAAACGUUGAGGGCAGCAAUGUCCACAUUCAAGAACAAUAAUCGAGCCGCGAGUACUCUGAUUGGAAAUCAACGUCGCCUCCCUCCCAGUAUUGUUGACGACCUAGCUUCCUGUCUUACCCACAAGGAUCCUAGUUAUCGCCGACUGGCUAUUGAAUCAUUGAAGGGAGAGUCCUUGUCCAACAAGGCCAUCAUCGGGGAUAUUGCAGCCAGAGUAGACGACCUGGAUGAUGAUGUGAGAGUCGCAAGUUUGCGCACUCUUUCUCAUCACUCCGAUCUACCGCCCUCCAUUUGUGAUCUCAUUGUGCCCAGAGCACUGAUGAAUUCCGUUCAGGAUAAAGACGAGAUGGCUUCAGCAAUGGGUGUAUUAGAAACCCAAGAUAUCCUGGCGCCUGAAGUGAUUGAAAAAAUGUGGCAAAUGAUUCAUUGCGAAGAGAAGGAAAUCUCGGAAAGGGCGAUUAAAAUCCUGCUGAAGAACGGCUCCAUAUCUCCAGACGCAUGGAUAAAAGAAUUGAACAGAUCCCAGUCCAAAGACGCCCUUGCAAUUAACAUAAUCCGGGCUUUCUUCAGUCACAAGCUAUCCCCACCCGAGGAUAUUCUGCAUCGAUGCGUUUCUAUUGCGCAGUCUGUAUCGUCAACUGCAAAGCUCGCAAUUUCGGCUCUCGAUAAAUGCCAAUCGCUGCCAGAGGAUCUCUUGAAUUCGUUGCUACACUGUACGGAUUCUCCCCGAUACCAUCAGAUCUUGCACGUCAUUGGAUCCCAAAAAUCCUUGUCGGAAGAUAUUGUCAAUCAUAUCGGCACCCGAAUCAAAGAUGAAAGGGAUAAGCUCAUGCGAUGGCAUCUGACAGGUGCUUUGGCCUCACAGCGGAUGUUACCUGAUGGAGUUCUCCAAAUUAUCGCCGAUAACAUUACGAAGAACGGUAUUCUUGGGUUCGGGGCCAAAAUACUGUACGAACAACAAUGGCUAGCGCCUCACAUGCUGGAGUCCGUGAUGCCUUUUGUUCUUUCGCCGAGUUGGCCCGAGAGAGAGAACGCAAUUCGGAUAUUGAAAAAACACGCGGACUUUAGAACACUUCUUCCACGCUUGGGGAAAGAAUACUGGGUCGCUAUCUUCCAAUCGCUUGCACGCGAGCCCUUGGGCCAAGGCGAUCCCUGGAUUGUGAAGGGGGAUUCCUUGCAUGUUGUUUCGCGAAAACGGUCCUGGUCCGUCAAGAUCGAGCAGCCCGAGCAACGUCAGAAAUUGGAAGAGGCUCUUAAGGCUGUAUAUCAAGAUAUUCAAAAUUCCUUGGGUCCUUCUUGGAAUAGGCUUGGAUUCGGGGCUGUGGAGUGGGAGAGCUUUCUUUGA